GAAACUAAAAACUUGUCAACAAUUUCGCUUAGGAUAUUCAAUUUUAUUGUCGCAACUAAUAACUGACAGAAACAUGUUAAAGUUAGUGGCGGUUUUGGCGCUUGUUGCCUGCAGCAAGGCGAUGAUCCAGUGCCCACAUAAUGCCUGUGACGCCUUGGAUUGUCCAGUAAUGGACGAUUGUAACGGAAGAGUUAAUGCUAACGGAGGCUGGUGUGGUUGCUGCGAUGCCUGUAUAACACAAAUUGCUGAAGGUGAGAACUGUAUGAGUACAAUGUUGCUUGGCGUUCCCUCAACCACAGAGUGCGCCGACGGACUCACAUGUGACGUUCACUCAAUGACAUGUAAAAAGGCCGCCGUGAGCCAAUCCGACGAUAGCAUUGCAAAUUCAAUCUGCUUAAGAAAGAAAGAGGAGAUAAGAAUGUCUAAAGAAAAUGGUCUCCCCUUGAUCGGUGUCAUGGAGCCUCAGUGUGACUCGAAUGGUGAAUAUGCACCGGCACAAUGCGAGGGAUCAGUCUGUUUCUGCGUUGAUGAUAUGGGAAUGGCCAUUGACGGCUACAAAUCUAGCAUCAGUGAACUAGCUAAUAUGGGAUGUCAAUGUGCCAGGGAUUUGGCUGCCUACAUGAAAUCCGGUUUAAUCGGAAAAUUAUUUUAUUGCGAUUCAAAUGGAAAUUAUCAGUCAGGUCAGGGACCCGAUGCCACCACCACUCAAAAACCAAUGUUAUCCGGAUCUCAAACCGGAACCGGAAGUCUCUUAACCGGUGUAUUGUCCGGAGGAAACAUCAUGCCUUCAGGCGAAUGUUCGAAAGAACUUAUGUCAGCUCAAGGAAGUAACUUGUUAGGAGCGUUUGUUCCAGAAUGUGAUGCGGAUGGCAAAUACGCACCAAGACAAUGUCAAGGUUCAGAGUGUUACUGUGUAAGGAAGGACGGAACUAAAAUUGAAGGAUACUCAUCCCCAAUAUCCAUGAAAGAUCACGUGACAUGCCAGUGUGCACGUGACAAAGACUCAUAUGAAGCAUUAGGGUUAAUUGGCCGUAUUCACACGUGCCGAGGUAACGGUAAUUACCAACAGUACCAGUGUCUGGGCUCUGUAUGUUACUGUACUGAUGAUUCUGGAACCAGACUCGGGGACCAGUCUGUAUCCAUUGGAAACAUAAAUGAUCUGAAAUGUUAGGUAUCAACAACAUAGUGCAUACGACAAAUAAUACAGAUCUGCCGUUUUAUUGUUGUAUUUUUUAUAAUUGAUUAUUUUUUGUACUAUAAUAAACAUGUAAAACACA